AUGCUCUCAAAUCGACUACUUUUAUCAUUUCAUGCCGUCAGCGUUGGGCUGGUUGCAGCAUCAGCAGCCCUCACUGUUGAUGAGAAUGACUUCACCCCCAUCAAUGAACUUCGCGACCUAGUUCAUAGAGUGGGAAGUGUCGGGCUGCGACUUCCGGGAAGCGAUGUGCAUAAUGAACUAGUUGACUGGGUCAAUACAAGCUUGCAUGACAUACCCGGACUUGAAGUCCAGGGGUCUAAGUACGAUCUUGACGUCUGGGAGCCAAAGGAAGGGAUGAAUCUGAGUGAGGCUGGAACCCUUUGCAUCCAGUCUGAUGGAAAGUGCCACAAUAUCCCAAUUGUUGGAGCAAUCCCAUUCACUCUUCCGACAAAUGACUCUGCCCUCACCGGCCCUCUGAUCUAUGUCCCUUUCAACCAAAGCAUCUCAUCCGUAGAUGUCCGGGGUAAAGUCAUUCUUAGAGAUCUUCUCCCUUUGAAAGUCCCAUAUCCAUAUCUAUUGAAGGAUUCGCAUUACAUCACGCCAGAUCUUGCCGCUCAAAUCAAUGGCACCUACGAAAGGCCAUAUCUUUCCACACCAGCGGACGACCUUAUCGCCGCUGGAAGAGGUGGUGCAGCCGGAUUGAUUUCUGCGUUCGACAUCCCUCGAAAAACGCUAGAAGGUUACUACGAUCCUCAUUUUGGACAACAUUAUCUAAUUCCGGGUGUCUAUCUGGGUUCCGAGCAGUACUAUAUGCUUCGAGACGCAUGUCGGUACGGACAUGCAGCAUCUCUGAAGAUUUCCGCAGACACAGGUCGUAAAUAUACCCGCGAGCUGUUUGCUACUCUUCCCGGUCGAUCCAAGGAAACAAUAAUCAUCGGUUCGCAUACGGAUGGCGCAACCUGGGUCCAAGAGAAUGGCGUGGCAGGCCUCCUUACACUGGCAAAGUACUUUGCAGCUCAGCCGAUAGCAUCGCCCGCCAGGGCGAAGACACUUAAGUUUGCAUUCACGUCCGGACAUCUGACAUACAGCAGAGAUGGAUCGAUCCCGUACGCAAAGAAACUCGACCAGGAAUACGAUAGCGGAAAUCUUGCGUUGGUCAUCAUCCUCGAGCACCUGGGAGCACGGGAGCUGCUGCCAUCCGCUGCGUCAAACGGUCAAUAUGGUCGUGUAUUGAACUUCACCGGCAAUAGCGAAGCAACUCUUUGGAGCGUUGGACCUACUCGGCUAGUUAUUGAUGCUGUUACUACAGCUGUCAAAAACCGCAUGCUGGAUGGGAUGGGGGUGACCCCAGGAAACCCCCCAAAAAACACUUCGCAGAUUCCUUUCUAUGCCUCCCAGGGUGGCAUCGGGACAACGUACCAUAACUACCUUCUUCCGACUACGUCUAUCGUCUCUGGACCGUGGAGUCUAUGGGCGCCCUCCUUUGGCGAAGCGGCCAUUGAUUUCGCCCGACUGCGCGAUCAGUUGCUGGCUGUUGCGGAUGUGGUGGUUGGUCUUGCAUCAGAUUCGAAGGACGAGAUCGCUGGGGGGGUAUAUCGAAUACCGCCAGAUGCGUGA